GUCGGCAUUUUGUGUAAAAAUGGCGCGGUUUUUGCUAAUUUUUAUUUGUGCUCUUGUUUACGUGGUAUAUGUGUCAGGUGAAUCUCGAAGACGAUGUAAACGCAACGAAGAAUACUCAUCAGACCCAAUAUGUCCACCUGAUACGUGUGCCUCAAUCGUCUCAAGAUACAACUGCAUUAAUGCCACUUCACCGCCUUUCAGAACUGGAUGUAAAUGCAAAAGUGGUUAUCUAAGAUUAACCAAAGAUAGUCCAUGUGUUCGUUAUUGUAACUGUCCUCAACUUCCCCAUGGCUGUUGUCCUAGGAAUGAGGAAUACUCGCCGGAACCAAUUUGUCCUCCAGAUCUUUGUAUUUCUAUUCUUGCCGAUUACAACUGCGAAGAUCUGUCACAAUAUAGAAAUGGGUGCAAAUGCAUAAGUGGUUACUUAAGGCAGGAGGAAACUUCCCGAUGUAUACCCGCCGAACAAUGCAAACUUUAAA